GAUACAAUUUUACUGCAUGUUAGUGUAAUAUAACUUGAAUGGUUGGUAUAUUACACUAACAUGCAGUACGUGCUACACGUUAGAGUAAUAGAAACAUGGUCAAUUAUAUUUGGUUAUGUUAUAAAUUAGCAUGUUGUACAGAGGUAGAGGACUGAAUAUAUUGAGUAGAGUUAGAGGAGACUAAAUCAGCAUGCUAUGUUUAUGAAUGUCAAUAAGUUAGAGAAAAAGUUCAUUGAUGGUGUACGUGUGAAUCAUAGCAAAGGUAGAGUUUUGGAUAUUUAGUAAUGUGAACUUCAGGAAAAUCUGCAUGUUAUAUGUUGGUUUGUAAUUUUUUUUGUUCAUAAGUUAGAUUGUGAAUUUUUAACACAAUCUAUAAAUAUACUGUGGUCUGUAAAAGGUGCAUGCAGCAAUAUUAACACAUAUGUUCCUAUUUUAUGAAAAUGUAAAGUGGCUCAAAAUCAGUGUUAUCCAUAUUCGUUAUAACUGCAUGGUAUAUGAGUUAAUAAGAUAGCAAUGAUGGUACAUGGGUGUUUAACAAGCUUGACAUUUAUAGGCUAACUUUGUCUUGGAUUGGAUAAAAAAAAAUCAUCGUCGGACAGUUACAAGUUAGCUAUCUCGUGCUUAUAAUGCAUUUCAUUACAAGCUACACCGCAAAUACUUGACUUAUGCAACACAUGAGAAAACACUCGCUAAUGGAGGCAUGUUGGUAGAGUGGCCAGUUUGGGAAUGGCUAUGCCAUCAGUGGGCGAGGGAUGAAUUUAAGAAAAUGUCUGACCAAAAUAAAGAAAAUAGGCGUAAACAAAAGGUCAACCACACAAGCGGAAGGACGUUGUUUGUUGUACUAAUGGAAAGAAGGAAUGAGAUGGUUCAAAAGAUGAAUGCCAAAGAGCCAGAGGAUCGGACAGAUGAAGCAGUAGCAACAAUUUUUAGGGAGGUUUUGGGACAUAGGUCAGGGUAUUCCAGAGGCAUGGGACACUCUGUUAUGCCUGAAUCUCCUAAACUGCCUGGAGUACCGAAUGAGGAGUUUGAACAUCUUGCCGAGGAAAAUGCAGAAAAUAGGAAAAAUGCAGAGUAUUACCAAAAUCGGCUUAAAGAGAUUGAAUGUGGUUUCAUGGCUAUGAGGGACCAUAUGCGGGAGUAUGAGGAAUGUGUAAACAUACGAAUGUCUGAAGUGGAGACAGGAUUAGAGUCUCAGAGAGAGACUCGAACCAUUCCUUAGCCAGCAACAUGCCAGUAGCAACUACUUGACUGAAUUUAUAGAUCCAGCUUUUGCUACACUUUUGAUGAACCUGUGAUGGGGAUAUCUAUUUACUACUAGUACUUUUGGUCAGUCCUAUAUGGGAAAGCUACUCUUGAUGGAGAGGGUGAAGGAGAUCAUGCAGGUAAGAUGGUUUAUUGCAUUCGAAUAAAUUUCAGCCAUAUUAACUCAGUAUCUAUGGUAGGGAGAUGUUCAAAGACUUGGAAAACUCAUAACAAGGGACUGCAUACUUUGUUUAAAUUGCCCCCUUUGUUUGCAAUUUGAUAGUUGGUAAACCAACUGCACAUUAGUUGGUAUAGAAAACAUAAAGUAUACGAUUUAGUACAAUUGAAAUCAAUCUUGUCUCAGGAACUCAAUUUUGUAACAGUUAUGGUCGUUUUAUAUACCCUGUAGUACACAGUUUUGGGUUGGCCUAUUUUUUGUGAUUAUUCCAUGAUUCAUAUCUUGACAUCUAGAUAUUUUGGGAUGUAGGGUGGUACGAAAUCAGCAGACAUGCAGAGAAUUUCAGUUGCACUUAGGGGAAUGUUGGUUUUUUUUUCCUUAAAUGCUUUAACUUGCAAACAAGUGUUAGAUCAAACUAGAAUCAGCAUAAUAGUGAUGAAGACCGUUAAGAUACCUAAUUACAUAAUAUCAACAGUUAAAUUUCUCAUAGAGUUACAGAUUUACAUCAUUCUAAAUCUAUAAUUUGGUUGACAUCUAAAUGAUUUAUAUUGAAUAUGAUAAAAUAGUGAAUAUGAUAAAAUAACAUGUGUUCACUUAGUAUUCUGAACAAUUUAAUUUGAAAUAUGUCAUGGGCAUUAAUUUGCUGGGAAGAAGAAAACUACAUGAAUAUCCAAAUAGCUUGGAAAAAAUGGAAAUCUUUAGACGUUUUAAAAAAGAAGGGA